CAGCAAUAGUUAACACGCACUCGAAGACAUCCUCAGACUUUCUACUACUGAAAUCUCACUUCCCCUGCUUUCCCUUCCCUCACUUCUUGGGAGAAGAGAGAAAGAGAGUCACCACCAAUCAACUUCAGCUUCAAAGACAACCAUCUCCAAGCAAAUUUAUCCGUGUGCAGCUCUCUUCGCCCCCAUUUUUGUUCUGCCAUCAUCAACAUGAUUAACAUCACUAGCUAGCCAGAGUAGUGGCGGCGGAGGCAGCAAAGAAGUGAUAGUGAGCGAGAGACUGACGUGAGAAGGGCUGCAAGCUUGAGAGAUGAUCUCGUGGCACGACCUGUACACGGUGCUAGCGGCGGUGGUGCCGCUGUACGUGGCGAUGAUACUGGCGUACGGGUCGGUGCGGUGGUGGGGCAUCUUCACGCCGGACCAGUGCUCCGGCAUCAACCGCUUCGUGGCCAUCUUCGCGGUGCCCCUCCUCUCCUUCCACUUCAUCUCCACCAACGACCCCUACGCCAUGAACCUCCGGUUCGUCGCCGCUGACACGUUGCAGAAGCUGCUCGUCCUCGGGGCUCUCGCCGCCUGGUCGAACCUGCUCCCACACCGCCGCCCGCUCCCCGGCGGCGCCGCCCCUCUCGACUGGUCCAUCACGGUCUUCUCCCUGUCCACUCUCCCUAACACGCUGGUGAUGGGCAUCCCCCUCCUCAUCGCCAUGUACGGGCCCUACUCCGGCUCCCUCAUGGUCCAGAUCGUCGUCCUCCAGUGCAUCAUCUGGUACACCCUCAUGCUCUUCCUCUUCGAGUUCCGCGCCGCCCGCCUCCUCAUUGCCGACCAGUUCCCCGACACCGCCGCCUCGAUUGUCUCCUUCCGGAUCGACCCCGAUGUCGUCUCGCUCGACGCCGGCGCCACCGAGGCUGCCGCCGAGGUCAGCGGCGAUGGAAAGAUCCACGUCACGGUUCGCAAGUCGACGUCGUCGAGGAGGUCGGCGAUGAUGACCCCCCGCCCCUCCAACCUCACCGGCGCCGAGAUCUAUUCCCUCAGCUCCUCCAGGAACCCCACCCCGAGGGGGUCCAACUUCAACCACGCCGAGUUCUUCGCUAUGGUCGGCGGGGGCGCACCCGCCCAAACCUUCCGCCCCUCGAGCUUCGGGGCCGCCGACAUCUACUCCCUCCAAUCCUCUCGCGGCCCCACCCCGCGUCCCUCCAACUUCGACGACGACCCCAUCGCCACCUCCACCACCCGCCGCCGGAGAUUUCUGCCGCGGGGAAGAAGCCCUAUCCCCAACCCAACCACCAGCAUCACCACAACCGAGCAGGUGCCGCAACGGCAACGGCGACCGGGGCGGCCGGACGCAAAGGAGCUACACAUGUUCGUGUGGAGCUCGAGCGCGUCACCGGUGUCGGAGGUGGCCGGCCUCCACGCUUUCGGCGGUCAGGACCUCUCCGCGUCGGACCUCGGCGGCCGCGCCGAUCACGGAGCGAAGGAGAUCCGGAUGCUUCUGCCCGCCGAACUACCCCUCAACGGCCCCACCACCAAAGCAGCCGGUGAGGAUUACCGCGCGGAGGAGUUCAGCUUCGGAGACGGGAGGAGGGGAGCGGAUGACGGACGUGAGGAGAAGGAGGUGAUCACCCCUGAGGUGCUGCAGAAGCUGGAGGCGAAGGUCGUCGGAGGCCAAGGAGAAGAGAGGCCAGGCGGGGCCGUCCACCACCAGAUGCCGCCCGCCAGCGUAAUGACCCGCCUCAUCCUCAUCAUGGUGUGGCGCAAGCUGAUUCGCAACCCCAACACCUACUCCAGCCUCAUCGGCCUCAUCUGGUCCCUCGUCGCCUUCCGAUGGCACGUUGCUAUGCCGAAGAUCGUAGAGAAGUCCAUCUCUAUACUCUCCGAUGCUGGCCUCGGGAUGGCCAUGUUUAGCUUAGGGCUGUUCAUGGCGCUGCAGCCGCGGAUAAUAGCGUGCGGGAACACGGCGGCGGCGUUCGCGAUGGCCGUACGGUUCCUCACCGGGCCAGCGGUGAUGGCCGCUGCGUCCAUCGCCGUCGGGCUGCGCGGGACCCUCCUCCACGUGGCAAUCGUUCAGGCGGCACUUCCGCAAGGCAUCGUGCCCUUCGUGUUCGCCAAGGAGUACAACGUCCACCCUGCCAUCCUUAGCACGGCGGUUAUAUUCGGAAUGCUGAUUGCUCUUCCCAUCACUCUGGUCUACUACAUCCUCCUCGGACUGUGACGGGCUUCUUCCACGGCGAUCCCCCACGGCUCAGCUUCGCGCGUCCAUGCAAGGGAAAAAGAGUGACCUGCCCGCCCGUGUCCGACUCGACUGGCACGGAAACAACGCAGCCACGUGAAGAGUAUUAGUACGUGGAUAAUUAAACUCUCUCCGAGCUGCAAUGGCGUUGAAUAUUAUUAGCUCUAUUCCAGGGGAAGAAAGCAGAGCAAGGCUUCGUAGUAAAGGAACUGAGAAAUGUUUUCUCCAUUAGCUUUCGAUUUUAACUUGGCUUUCUGUGUUAUUACUACAGUGUCUGCUUUCGGAUGCAAAAAGGUUUUGUUUGGCAAA